UUAAAAACGAUAGUUGUGUUGUGGUUUGUUGGUGCCAUGUAAAGUGCAGAAUUUGCUACAUAAAUGAAUGGAAUGGCAUAGGUCGAGCAUAAUUCCAUACAUUUCCAAUUGUAAUUUGCCAAUCUGUCGAUUAGUUACAUACAUAUGUGUAACGCCAAAGUAGAAUCUGGGAAACUAUUUUUGAUGCUUUGAAUCUGCUCAGUUCACAUUUAACAUUGGAUACGCUCGUUUCGGCUUUCAUCGAGAUCGGUUUAUUUGAAUUCGCGUGAAAGGAUAUGUGAACUACUCGAUUGGAAAAUUUUAGUUUUUUUUUUUUUAGAAAACUAGCUUGUGUUUGAAGCUCACAGCGUUGGACCAUUGACUAAUAAUAAUUAAAAUGUCACACAAUGAACGGAAAGCUCGUUUGAGUGCUGUAAAAUUUAUGGAAUUGGGCUUUUCCGCUGCCUGCCUGGCAUUGCAUUUCUAUAGCUUCGACGACCGUGACAUACUGACCUCAUUCGUGGCGACGGGCACAUUUUCAGGAUACAUAAUUGUUGUUGUGGGUAUUUUUGCAGGUGUCCUAAUGCGUGCGCCCAUUCACAGACGCAUCGACAUAUUCUACAGUGUGCUAGGCUGUGGCCUCUUCAUCGCCUCGGGUGUGUUCAUAAUCGAGGCUUGGGAAUUUUCAUUUCGUACACGUACACGCGAUUUGGCGCUUAUUAAGGCCUCACUAGCCAUUGUCAAUGGCGUUCUGUUUGGUUUCGAUGCGAUAUUUACCUUUCGUGACAAAUAAGAGGGAAACACUGGAAGAAGAGGGGUAUGACGAUAAUGAGGAGUUUCCGGAAUUACCAGAAUUUUACAGAGUUUUUUAAAAACAAAAAAAAAAUGCAUUUUUUAUUAUUAUUUUAUUUUUAUUUUAGCUCAUUAAUUUUA